CUGAAGCUGUCUGCGGUGUGAGUAUAUUCUGGGCACCGAUUGAUGAUUAUAUUGUAGAUAUCUCGUAAAAUUCGUAGCCGCCCGAGUGUAACUAAGACUAUUUGUAUGUCAACGGAUUAACAAUAUUCUCAGGACACGACCACUGAACCAUGAUGAUGGACGACGAUCAACCCAAAACCUUGUAUGUGGGGAACCUGUCCAGGGAUGUCACCGAGCCCCUCAUCCUGCAGGUGUUCACACAGAUCGGGCCCUGCAAGAGCUGUAAAAUGAUAGUUGAUACGGCUGGAAAUGAUCCGUACUGCUUUGUGGAGUUCUAUGAGCACAGGCAUGCUGCUGCCUCACUGGCAGCCAUGAACGGACGUAAAAUAAUGGGUAAGGAGGUGAAAGUGAACUGGGCCACGACCCCGACCAGCCAGAAAAAAGACACAAGCAAUCAUUUCCAUGUCUUUGUUGGAGACCUCAGCCCAGAAAUAACCACAGAAGACGUUAAAACUGCCUUUGGCCCAUUUGGCAAGAUAUCGUAUGUAUCACGCCAACAUCUAAUUACAAGUAUUAUUAAAUCAAGAAAAGGACAGUUGGAAAUGAAACUGGGCUCUGAUGGCAGGCAGGAAGGAGCCAAUACAAGAAACUUACUGAAGGGACUUGGCAGUAGCUAUAAAAAGGAUGCCCGUGUUGUGAAAGAUAUGGCUACAGGGAAAUCUAAAGGCUAUGGCUUUGUGUCUUUCUUCAACAAGUGGGAUGCAGAGAAUGCCAUUCAGCAAAUGGGUGGUCAGUGGCUGGGAGGUAGACAGAUUCGAACUAACUGGGCCACUAGAAAGCCCCCUGCCCCAAAGACCAACUAUGAAAGUAACUCCAAGCACCUAUCCUUUGAAGAAGUAGUGAACCAGUCCAGCCCCAGUAACUGCACUGUGUACUGUGGCGGAGUCAGCACAGGACUGACGGAACAACUGAUGAGACAGACCUUCUCCCCCUUUGGACAAAUCAUGGAAAUCCGAGUGUUCCCAGACAAAGGUUACUCUUUUGUGAGGUUUAACUCUCAUGAGGCUGCAGCCCAUGCCAUUGUGUCGGCAAAUGGUACCUCACUAGAGGGUCACAUAGUGAAGUGCUAUUGGGGUAAGGAGACUCCAGAUAUGAUGAAUCCCAUGCAGCAGAUGCCCAUGCCCCAGCAGAACAAGAUGGGCUUCACUGCAGCCCAGCCCUAUGGCCAAUGGGGCCAGUGGUACGGCAAUGGCCCGCAGAUCGGCCAGUACGUCCACAAUGGCUGGCAGGUCCCCACCUAUGGUGUCUAUGGCCAAGCCUGGAACCAGCAGGGCUUCAAUCACUUACCGGCCAGUGCUGGGUGGACUGGCGUGAGCGCCAUCAGUAACGGUGGGGUUAUGGAGCCUACGCAGGGAUUGAAUGGGAGUAUGCUAGCCAACCAGCCUGGUAUGGGAGCCGCAGGAUACCCAACACACUGAUUUUAGGGGGCAGGGUGGGAAUUUUUGUCAACCAUUAGCCUCCUAUUGGCUGUAAGGCGACCCACGGGGCUGUGUAACCGCCUCCAUUUGCGGCAGGACUAAGACUUUUACUGGGACAUGGAUCCCAAAGGGGAGGUUGACAUCUAAUAGAAGAUGUAAAGGGGAUUUACAUGGGGAGGGG